CCUUGGUUUGACAUCGCGGAGUGUGCGUGCCAGUGGGAAGGUAAGAUGGCGGCGGACGGAGAUGUGAUUCCUGAUCAUGAAAAAGUACGAAUAGUUUCGGACUUUAUACUUCACUCGCCACCGGGCGAAUUCAACGAGGUUUUUAACGACGUGAGGGUCCUGUUGAACAACGACAACCUGUUGAAGGAGGGUGCGUCCGGGGCAUUCGCUCAGUACAACAAGGAUCAGCUCACGCCUGUUAAGGUCGAAGGAAGUGAAUAUCAAGCCCUUAUAACUGAACACAAUGAUUUAGGUGGGCAAAGGUUUUAUGAUCCCCGGAGUAAGCAGAGUUUUAAAUAUGACCAUCUUAGAAAGGAAGCACAGGAUUAUGAACCGUACGAACCGGAUUCUGUCGCUGAACCUUGGAGGUCAGCUCUUCAAGAUGAAAUAACAACUUACACUCAAAGUCAUUAUAGACAUGGUGCAUGUUCGGUUUUUGGAAAGAGCCCAGGAGGUAACAUUACGUUAACGGCUUGCAUAGAAGAUCAUCAGUUUCAACCUAAAAAUUUCUGGAACGGCCGUUGGCGUUCCGUGUGGACUGUAAGUUUUAGUCCGAGUUCCGGUAACGCGGAAUUAAGAGGUAGCCUUAAAGUACAAGUUCAUUACUACGAAGACGGGAAUGUACAGUUGGUCAGUAGCAAAGAAGUAAAAGAAAGUUUACCGAUCACGAAUGAGAAGCAGACGGCGAAGGAAUUAAUACGUCUCGUCGAGGAGUCGGAGAAUAACUAUCAGACAGCUAUAUCGGAAAAUUAUCAAACGAUGUCGGAUACAACGUUCAAGGCAUUACGAAGACAAUUACCUGUUAUGCGGACGAAAAUUGACUGGAACAAAAUUGUAUCGUACAGUAUUGGCAAAGAGCUUAAGAGUCAAUAGAGAGAAAUAGAUUUUUUUAUAUAAUAUUAAGAGAAAUAAUUAAAAAAGCGCAUUUUGCUGCAUGGGUGAAGUCUGGAGGUGUGAUGUGCAUGGGAGCAAAUGUAACGAUGCUGUAUAAAGUUUGGUUAAACAUGUUCGACUGAAACUCAUGCAUGCCACUCAAGGUUCCUCUGGACCCCUUAUUGUAUCUUGUUAUCAACAGAAAAAAAGGAAGCAAUAAAUAGGAACAUCUUUUUAGCCAUUGCUUAAAAAAGAAA